GCAAUGUCGCAACCAACAUGACGUCGCUGUCUUCAUGACAGUCAACCACCACUGCUUUGAUGGAGGAGAGUAAAACUGAACCACCGACGCCAGCUUCCAAGGGGAAGAGCGCUGCUUCUACACCGACGCAGAAGAGGACUGGCAGCAAUGCUUCAUCCAAGUCCAGGGAUCAAGCUGAACAGCAGGUCUUCACUAACCCUACUCUAAACAUAAUACACAGUCUCUCGCGCAAGACAUCGGCAAGCGGACUCUCACUACCGUCAACGGAGGGAACGCCCCCACCGCUUCCUCCACGACCCCAACUUGGGCUAUCUGGUUCGCGACCUUCGACUUCCCACGGUUCCACGCCGUCGAGACCACAGCUCGUCUCGAAAGCUACAACACAGAUAUCGCUCGCUAGCACGCAGGCAUUCGGCAACGAUGCGAGGGAUGACUCGUCGGCAUCGAGCGCUUCGAAGCCACGGAACUUUCUAGGUGUAAAUGUAGCUUCUCGAAACCUGAGCGAUGGCGACGACAGUGCUAGCGUCCGAAGCUAUGUUCCAACUAUAGAUGCAGGCGGUGACGCAGAAAGCAUAUUGGGCGACGUCAUGGGACAGGAGGAGAAGACAGAACAAGAGAAGGUGCUGUUACGGACGCUGGGGCACAGAUUUGAGGAUACGGAGGCGCUGGGCAUGUUUAUGCCUGACCCCGAAUUCGAGGCAGCCUUUGAUCACGAGUUUGACGAGAUCGAGGAGAUGACAAUGGACGGGUCAAAUCAAGAAGCUGUCAUGGGACACUGGCGCGCAAAGCUGAAGCAUUUCCUUAUCCUCUCGAGUGCUGGAAAGCCUAUUUACAGCCGGCAUGGUGACGACCAGCUGAUUACGAAUUAUAUUGGUGUCGUGCAGACCAUCAUAUCCUUCUAUCAGUCCACAAACGAUACGCUGCGAGGGUUUACCGCAGGAGACGUACGCUUUGUCGUCAUGUCAAAAGGCCCGCUCAAUCUGGUCGCUAUCACUCGACUGCCAGAAAGCGACUCUCAGCUUCGUGCGCAAUUGGAAGCGCUGUACAUGCAGAUCCUCUCGACCCUUACCCUACCGAGCAUGGAACGCAUGUUCGCUGCUCGAGCAAAUUACGACCUGCGUCGGCCUCUCCAGGGGACUGAAACAUUGCUCUCCGCCCUCGCAGAUGGCUUUACACGAGGUUCACCCUCAACCCUCCUCUCUGCUCUAGAAUGUCUGAAGCUCCGCAAAUCACAACGUACCAUUAUCAACAACACGCUCCUCAAGACACGCUCAGAGAAUCUCCUGUACGGCCUGAUAGUCGCUUCAGGAAAGCUCGUAUCGGUUGUGCGGCCCAAGAAACAUAGUUUGCACCCAGGCGACCUCCACUUGAUCUUCAACAUGCUCUUCGAAGCGGGCAGCGUCAAAGCGGGAGGAGGCGAGAAUUGGAUACCACUAUGUCUGCCUGGCUUCAACAAUACAGGCUACUUGUACAUGUACGUUAGCUUCUUGAAUCUCGAGCAUCCCACGGAGCAGAUGCAGGAACGACCUCGCACUAGUGAUGGAGCCGAUGACGAGGUGGCAAUCCUACUCAUAAGCGCGCAAAAAGAAGGCUUCUUCGAGCUGAGGGGUAUGAGGGAUGAUUUGGUCGAGAAUCUACAGCGCAAUGGCUCCAUCGACGCCAUCAGAACGGCAGUCAGACAGGGGCGUCCCAAAUGCACAGAUAUCGUGCCUGGAAGCCCGCUAAGACACUUCUUGUACAAAUCGAGAGGCAAUGUGCAAUUCACGAUGCCAAGCUAUGCCCCAUACUUUGAAGGGCCGUUGGAGCGGAGAAGGCUCUUAAAUCUGUACAACAAGCUCCAUUCGAACCUCCACAACAAGCCAGCCAAUCUCAAAGUCCAUCACGAGACAAAUACGACUUGUAUAGCGCUGGCAUGGAGCACACCGCUAUUCGAAUUGUAUGCCGUAGCCCCGGUAAACACUUCGAGAGCUGCGCUGGCUCAAAGCGCGAAUAAGAUCAUUCAGUGGGUAAGGAGAGAAGAGGAGAGGGUAUUCAUCAUUGGUGGUGCAGUUUUCUAAGAAGGAUAGCUCGAAGGAACAAGAUGAGUUUUAGAGGAAGUCGACGGAACUGUAUACUAUACAGGCAACGAGAUACCCAUGAGUACAUUUAACUCGGCGCGAUUUUAGCCCUGAAACACAAAUC